AUGAAGUUCUCCGUCGUCCUCGUCACGAUCCUCGCCACCGUCACCACCGCCGCAAAGCUCACCCAGAGCCAGGCCGAGACCCGCCUCAAGGCCGCGGGCAUCACCGCCACCUCCUCGGGCGGCUGCACGAACCGCAACGUCGCGACCUGCACGUCCUACGAGCAGGUCAACGAGGACACCGUCCAGGGCGCCAUCACCCUCAAGCGGGCCUGCGGCUGCGACAUCACCGUCACGGGGGGCACCGAGACGGGCCACGCGAGCGGGACCUACUCGCACUGGAACGGCUACAAGUUCGACUUCCGUAAGGGCUCCGGGAUCGACGGAUACGUCAAGAACACCUUCACCAAGAUCGCGAACCGCGGCGACGGCUACCCCCAGUGGAAGGCCGCCUCUGGGAACAUCUACUGCGAUGAGGGCAACCAUUGGGAUGUUACCUUUUACACCAACGGUGGCUGA